UCAAAAGAGCUCAGGAUAUUGCAGAGCGCACUGGAGCCCUGGCCAGCGCGCCGCCCUCCCCGGCGCCGGCAAGCUGGGUCUUAGGAAUUCUGGUUUGCUUUGGCUCACUCGCUUUUACAAACUACUGGAUCUUACAUGCCUCUGUACCCCCCACUUCCACUCCAUGUCCCCAUGCUCCUGCGCCAGCAACAGGACAUGUUCUCUGGAUGUCAGCUGAGUUACUGAGGUAACUCUGCAUGUCAGUAGACAGACCGUGGUAGAACCUCAAAGCUCCUGGAGCCCCCCAUCUCUCCUUAUUUUUUUUGUGUGUGUGUCCUCACUGAACAUUCAAAACUGUUUCUCCAAAGGGUUUUGCAAAAACUCAGACUGUUUUCCGAAGCGGAAGCACUGGCGUCCACAGCAGAAGCGAUGGGCAGUGUGCGAACCAACCGCUACAGCAUUGUCUCUUCAGAAGAAGACGGCAUGAAGUUGGCCACCAUGGCGGUUGCAAAUGGCUUUGGGAACGGCAAGAGUAAAGUCCACACUCGACAACAGUGCAGGAGCCGCUUUGUGAAGAAAGACGGCCACUGUAACGUUCAGUUCAUCAACGUGGGUGAGAAGGGACAACGGUACCUCGCAGACAUCUUUACCACAUGUGUGGACAUCCGCUGGCGGUGGAUGCUGGUCAUCUUCUGCUUGGCUUUCAUUCUCUCCUGGCUGUUUUUCGGCUGUGUGUUUUGGUUGAUAGCUCUGCUCCAUGGGGACCUGGAUGCAUCUAAAGAGAGCAAAGCCUGCGUGUCUGAGGUCAACAGCUUCACGGCCGCCUUCCUUUUCUCCAUUGAGACCCAGACAACCAUAGGCUAUGGCUUCAGGUGUGUCACGGACGAAUGCCCAAUUGCUGUUUUCAUGGUGGUGUUCCAGUCAAUUGUGGGCUGCAUCAUUGAUGCCUUUAUCAUUGGUGCAGUCAUGGCGAAGAUGGCAAAGCCAAAGAAGAGAAACGAGACUCUUGUCUUCAGUCACAAUGCUGUGAUCGCCAUGAGAGAUGGCAAGCUCUGUUUGAUGUGGCGAGUGGGCAAUCUUCGGAAAAGCCACCUGGUGGAAGCUCAUGUUCGCGCACAGCUUCUCAAAUCCAGAAUUACUUCUGAAGGGGAGUACAUCCCCCUGGAUCAAAUAGAUAUCAAUGUGGGGUUUGACAGUGGAAUAGACCGUAUAUUUCUGGUGUCCCCAAUCACUAUAGUCCAUGAAAUAGAUGAAGACAGUCCUUUAUAUGAUCUGAGUAAACAGGACAUUGACAAUGCAGACUUUGAAAUUGUCGUGAUACUGGAAGGUAUGGUGGAAGCCACCGCCAUGACCACACAGUGCCGUAGCUCAUACCUGGCAAAUGAAAUCCUUUGGGGCCACCGCUAUGAGCCUGUACUCUUUGAAGAGAAGCACUACUACAAAGUGGACUAUUCAAGGUUCCACAAGACUUAUGAAGUACCCAAUACUCCCCUUUGUAGUGCCAGAGACUUAGCAGAAAAGAAAUAUAUCCUCUCAAAUGCUAAUUCAUUUUGUUAUGAAAAUGAAGUUGCCCUCACAAGCAAAGAGGAAGAUGACAGUGAAAAUGGAGUUCCAGAAAGUACUAGUACGGACACACCCCCUGACAUAGACCUUCACAACCAGGCAAGUGUACCUCUAGAGCCCAGGCCCUUACGACGAGAAUCAGAGAUAUGACUGACUGAUGCCUUCUCUGGAAUAUUUACUUUAAAACACAGUCUGUUGGUCAAAGGCCCCAAACAGCUAUUCAGACGACGGUACUGGCGAAGAGAUGGGUCAAGGCAAGUGACCACGAGGGACUGAGGCUACACAGUGGUUUCAAAGAAAGACUGUAAGCUCGAAGGUUAAUAUAAAGCACUUAACAUGCCUCCCUGUGACCCGAUGGCACAUACAUGUUGUAGAAUAAGUUAUGGGGUUUUUAUGUUUUGUUUUGUGUUUUUACAAAACUUGAACUUGCAGGCAAGCCUUGGUUGGGUGUUUGACUUAUCCAGAAUGCUUCUCUUUAGGGAACAAGAAUGUUUUUAAUGGCAUAACAAAGGCAAGACUCUGCCUUAAUUUUUGAAAAGCUGCUAACUACAUGAACACAAAUUGUAUUUUUGUUGCAGUGUAGUUUUUGUUUUGUGUAAUUUAAAAGUCAGUGUUGAACUUUGUUGAAAGCUCAUGAUAUGUGCUUCAAAGUGGCAAGUGUUUGGCUAUUAGCUGCCAAAAAUGAGAGCCUGAUUUUUUGAGGCCAGUAAUUUGUUUGCUAGAAUUGAUUUUUUUCCUCUCUCUCUUUCUCUCUCUUUGGUUACAUAAGGGCAUUAUGUAACAC